GCCGAAGACAAGUCCAGCUUCAAGCCCUACUCCAAGGGUUCCGCGGGCGGCGACGCCCGCAAAGACAGCGGUUCCUCCUCGGUGUCCUCCGCCUCUUCCUCGUCCUCGUCCCCAGGAGACAAGGCGGGCUUCAGGGUCCCCAGCGCCGCCUGCCAGCCCUUUCCCCCGCAUGGAGCGCCCGUUUCCGCCUCAUCGUCCUCGUCCUCGCCCGGCGGCUCCCGCGGUGGUUCCCCGCACCACCCUGACUGCAAGAACGGCGGCGCCGUAGGUGGCGCUGAGCCGGACAAGAAAGACCCAGAGCCCAAGCCCAGCCCGGAGCCCGGCUCCAUCGUGGGUGCUUACGCAGGCUAUCCGUCUCAGUUCGUGCCUGGCCUGGAUCCCAGCAAGUCUGGCCUCGUGGGAAGCCAGCUGUCGGGGGGCCUGGGUCUGCCCCCCGGAAAGCCCCCCAGCUCCAGCCCGCUCACCGGGGCCUCCCCGCCCUCCUUCCUGCAGGGAUUAUGCCGCGACCCCUACUGCCUGGGAGGUUAUCACGGCGCCUCGCACCUGGGCGGCUCCAGCUGCCGGUACCACCCCUACGGCAAGAGCCACUUAUCCACAGCGGGGGGCCUGGCGGUCCCGUCCCUCCCCACAGCCGGACCCUACUAUUCGCCAUACACGCUGUACGGACAGAGACUAGCCUCCGCCUCGGCGCUCGGAUACCAGUAACCGCAGCUGUCCCCGUUCAGCCUCCGAUCCCUCCUCCCUGUCCCCGCGCCUCCGCUGCAGCCUCCACUAUGGCUUCUCCCUGCCGGGAGCCCCGCCCCACCCUGCCCACUGGACUGUGUAUUUAUUUACUGUAAUGUUAGCUUACAAGCUGGGAAUAUAAGUGCAUUAACGGCCCACACGAGUCAAUGGUAUGCAAAAAGUCUAUGUUCCCCCAGUAAUAAUAUUAACCACACAGAUAACUACUCUGUCCCGCCCCACCCCUCUUCCUGUCUUUAUGGUUUGAUUUUCUUUAUGGUUUUCUUCCCUUUCUUUAUGGUUUGAUUUUGGGGAGAAGCGGGAGCUUUGGGGUUCUUAGGUUCUUCUGUAUGUUUUUCCCGUCCUGGGGAAUUUCUUGCAUGAAUCUUAACCAUUCAAACUACAUUUUCCCCUUUUCCCCUUCAUUCCCUCUGGUUUCCUUCCAUUUGAGGUUUUGUUUUGUUUUCUUUUCUUUUGUACAAGUAGUGGAGAGGAGUUUCAGUUAACAGUUUGGGGGUUGGGGAAAGAACUUGGUGGCUGGAUGUCUUGCGCUCUAUUGACCCAGCGAACCCCUCUCUUAGGGCCUCGGUCCCUAGCCUUGCUCUGAGUGGGAGAGCUCUGACCCCGCAGCAGGCUUCCCCUUAGAGGGUCCAGGGGCCUGGGACAGCCUGUCUGCCCACUCGCCUGGUAGUCACACUGCCCACUCGUGGUGGGCUUGUGGGGCUCCUGUUCAUUAAAAGGCCUAGAAGGCCCCGCUGGCCUGCAACUUUUCUUGUUCUGUUUUUGCAAAGUGCUUUACCGUCAUUGUUUUUUCUCUCCCUGAUGGGGCUGUGACCCCACUCCCUGGGCGGAGGGGCGGGAUCCUUGCUGGAUCUGCCAAGUCCACAGACGGAAAGUGCACCCCUGUUAGCAACGUGCGGGGCAAGUCGGGGACUCAGGGAGCACUUGGCCCACAGCAACCCCGCGCCCCCUUCCAGGCUGACCCAGCAACCCCCAAAGUUGGCCCUGGGAUGAAGACCGGGCCCUGGGUCUCCUCCCUCCUUCCCUCCCUCCCUGCCGGUCAUUGCAGCAGCGGCCGGGCUCGGGCCUGUUGGGGAUGAAGAGAGCUCUCCCUUGGUAAGACUUAUUUUGUUAAUAAAUGGAAUACUUGGCUAUAUUCACACCGUGGUGUGUUUCUCUCUUGCCUCGCUCACC